AUGAAUGCCCCAGAGGCAUCCAAUUUCUCGCCAGUGCACGGCAAGAGUCCGGUCGCCAUGGCACCUCCAAGCGUCCCAGAGUUCAAGAAACCCUUCGAUAUCAGCAACCUGAUGUCUCCGCCUGAACUCCCUCCUCUCGACUCGUUUGCGCAUUCCAGCGUUUCGAAAGCCAUGGAGCCCAACACCUCAGAAAUUCGACGGGUUCUUGGGCCCAAUCCUCCCCUGUCGCCUCCGAUCAGUCCGUUAACAAAGAACGAUCGCGCGCCGAGUGCAGAUGUGCCGCUCAGCACGCCAGUCAAGGAUCCCAUCCUAUACCCUGCGCAGGAUGUCUCGCCUCCUCAACAGCCACUGUUCACUCGCGACGACUCAGUCGACACGCAGCGAAUCGUGGACGACCAUGUUGUCGCUCGGCAUACCUCCUUUUUCAGAGAAGCGACGCCGCCACACCGUGAGGACUACGAGUUGAUGCUGUUCUUCAAGUCGCAGGUGAUGAGGAAGUUUGAAUCGAACCCCAAAGGAUGGUUGAAACGGGAGCGGGCCCAACUCAUCGCCGACAGAAGGGCCGGCGCUCGUAACAAUCACUUCAAGCUGCACCCAAUCCUACCUGCGAAGCCUCAGACGAUUCGAACCCAGGCUCCAAAGGUGGUGAAGCCUCCAAGAGUUCAGCACAGGCAGCCACAGGCCACGACUUCGACGCCUCGCCCCAUACGAGCUCUCUCACCACCCCCAAAACCUGCCAGGCAGACUGCUGCGAUCAGGCGCGUUAGUGUUACUCCUGACCCAGCGUCCCGCCGGAGCGCUGCCCCUAGCCGCGAGGACAAGGACUUUGUCUCGCUUCCGGAUUAUUGCCCUCCCCUCCGCUCUCUGCCAGCCAAGGUCAACAGUUUGAAGGUUGACUGGAAGGGUGCCCCAAUCGAUUUGAGCAAUGAUCCGCAUCGCGACUUGCUGCAUCCCGACGAACUUACGCUGGCAGCCAAUUUGCGACUGGACGCAGCCACCUAUCUGACAAGUAAGCGAAGGAUGUUCAUGGCACGCCUCAAUUGUCUCCGCAUUGGCAAGGAGUUCCGCAAGACAGACGCCCAGCAGGCCUGCAAGAUUGACGUUAACAAGGCAUCCAAGCUCUGGACGGCAUUCGACAAAGUCGGCUGGCUAGACAAGCAUUGGGUCGCUGGCUUCAUCUGA